CAAAAGAGCACAUCGCAUCGUAUCAAGAAAAAUAAAUAAGUUUAUCACGUCCAAAACCAUUGAAGAUAGUAAAUCAUUAAAACAGCAAGCUGAGGAAUUCGUCAAUAAUGUAAAACAAAAAAUUAAAAUUUAUGAAUUAGCAAACGUAUAUAAUUCAGAUCAAAGUGGUUUUCAGUUGGAAAUGCAUUCCGGUCGAACUUUAGCUGUUGAAGGAGAGAAGCAAGUAGAAUGUCUUGUACAAUCUGUUACUUCUACUACUCAUAGUUACACAGUUCAACCAACUGUAUCCGCUGAUGGAAAGCUUUUAUCCCCACUUUUUUUGGUUCUAAAAGAACCAAGUGGUAAAUUUGGACCAAUAGUUGAAACAACACUUUUUAGACCUCAUAAUGUAUACAUAGAAGCAUCAAAAUCAGGAAAACUUACAUCAGAUCAUUUCAAAAUUUGGUUGGAGAGGGUGUUUUUUCCAAAUGUGGGCCCAAAAUCUUUAUUACUAAUUGACUCAUGGACUGGGCAUUGUCCUCAAGUUGUACAAAGCGUUAAACCAACAAAUAAAGAUACUGAAGUAAUGAUCUUACCAAAAGGUACAACUGGGAAAAUUCAACCACUUGAUGUUUUUGGAUUCCGAGUAUGGAAAAAUUUUGUUCGAUAUUUUUCGGAUCGUACAGUUUUGAUGAAUUUGGACAUAAACUUGCAUUUACGAAAUAACAUUAUAAAAUUACAAUCACUUACACAUAUCCAAUUGUCAUCUCCUCGGUACAUAAAUUUAUUCAAGUACUCGUGGUACAAAAGUGGCUACACAGAAGUAAAACCAGAUGAGUUCGAAAAUCCUGUGGAUUUUGCAUUUCACGGAUCAUACAAUUCUCAUUGUGAGGUUCCUGGUUGUCAAAAUAUAGCAAUUAUCCGCUGUUCAUGGUGCAAAAAGUCGUUGUGUUUUCAACAUUUUUUUCAUAAACAUCACGAUUGCAAAACAUAUAUUGAAUAGAUCUGCAUAUGACAAAAUGAUGAAUUUAAGUAUUAAAUUUCAUAAACAUCAGAAAUAUUAAAU